AUGGCAACUGUUCUACCAUUCCCAAACAAAGAAGUGUCAGCAGCGUUCUCCAGAUCUAACAGUGGAUUCAUGCUGAGUCUACUAAAACAGUUACCAUCGCAAUCCAAUAUUUUCUACUCACCUUUCAGUAUUUCAACAGCCCUAGCAAUGGUCCAUAUGGGGGCAAGGACAGACACUCUGAAAGAAAUGAGUCAAGCCCUUCAUUUUGAGGAAAUGGACAAAGAUGUGCACACAGCAUUUGCUUCUUAUCUUGAUUUCUUGUCUAAGGAAACUGGUAAUUGCACACUUAAAACUGCAAAUAGAAUCUAUCAAAGCAUGAGAUUCAAACCGAAGGAAUCUUUCCUACAAAACUGCAAUAAACAUUUUAAAGCUACAGUAGAGGCGGUGGAUUUCUCUCAGUCUGAAGAAGCCAGGAAGAAAAUUAAUUCCUGGGUUAGCCAGCAUACUGAAAAUAAAAUCCGAGAUCUGAUCCCAGCCAGAGCGCUAAAUAGUGCUACAUUCAUGGUUCUAGUCAAUGCCAUCUACUUCAAAGGAAACUGGAACAGUAAAUUUGAAAGCAAACACACAGAAAUAAUGGAAUUCCAGAACACCAAUGAGAAAUUCAUGACAGACAUGAUGCAUCAGAAGGCCUCUUUCAAAUUUUGCCACAUGCCAGACUUGAUGCUAAAUGCCCUUCAAUUGCCAUACCAAGGAAAAACCCUCAGCAUGCUGAUUCUUUUACCCACAGCUGUAGAUGGUAUAGAGAGUCUGGAGAAAAAUUUAACUGAGUCUGUCCUCAAAACUUUCAACUUUAAAGUUGAUAGCUCCAACUUUAAUGUUGGCUUUUCCGACUUUAAAGAUUGA